GAGCAGCACGAGGACAGACGCAAGCUUCACCUGAGGACAGCAGGCAGCGCGUGCAGACUCAUUACAUUCCCGGAGGAGGAAGAGGAGGAUCAUUUCAGAUGAUUAGCCCUGGGCUCUGAUUGGUUGUCUCUCCCCGCAGACAUCAUGCUGGCAGUCACCGAGAUGGUGACCCAGACGACCAAUCGAAGUGACCUGAACUGCACGCUGCCGCAUGAUGAGGGCCGCCUACCGCUGGUGCUGCUGUACAGCGCCGUGCUGCUGGUCGGUCUGCCCGCCAACCUGUUGACAGUCCUCCUCACGGGGUUGCAGGUGCGCAGGAAGAAUGUGCUGGGCGUGUACCUGUGCAGCCUGUCGGUCUGUGACCUCACCUACCUGGGGACGCUGCCGCUGUGGACGAUCUACGUGAACAGUGGUCACAGGUGGCCAUGGUCGUCAGCGUUCUGCAAGCUGACGGGCUACAUCUUCUUCAACAACAUGUACAUCAGCAUCUUCCUGCUCUGCUGUAUCUCCUUUGACCGGUGCGUCGCCGUUGUCUACAGCCUGGAGUCCCGUGGCCUGCGACGGCAACGCCACGCCGCCUUUGUUGUUCUCGCUAUCAUCCUGGUGGUGGCCAUCGGGCACGCCCCUGUCUUCACCAUGAAGGAGGGCGCCACAGAGGGUUCGCAUCACUGCUUUGAGCCGAGUCAGAGCAGUGCGAUGGUGACAGGCUUCUACUACGCUCGCUUCGUCAUCGGAUUCCUGCUCCCACUGCUGUUGCUGGUGGUCACCAACCGCGGCAUCCUGGCUAAUGUGCAGCGCAGCACAGGGCUGCAGUUGGCACAAAAACGCCGUGUCCGGCAGUUGGCCGUGGGUGUGGUGGUUCUGUUCCUGGUGUGCUUUGCCCCAUACCACGUCAUCCUACUGGUCCGAGGCGUCAUCUUCCACUUCCCGUGGCUUGACAACUGCUCGUUUCAAAAGGCCAUGUACACACCCUACACCAUAUCGCUGGGCCUGUCCACCAUCAACAGCGCUGUCAACCCAAUCCUGUAUGUCUUGUCAAGCAACAACAUUCGAAAGGAUCUACGGCGAGGACUUGCACAGGUCUGUGGCAGGGUGCUGGUGAGAACUCCGUCCAACACCAGCCAGAACAAAAUCCAGCCGAUCAACAACUCUUUAGAGCUCAACACAGGCAGUGAGAGGCUGGCAGCAGGAAAACCACCUGGGACCUGAGGUAGCGGUUCCACAACACUGCAGUGUCCUGCAGCGUCCUGCAGUGACCGCAGAGGGCCAGGACCAAGAACUGGGGGACUUUGAGUGCUACGCAUGCACAGAAAAACAAAAACAGAAAUGUUUGGAACAAGAACUUUAGAGACAGAAGUUAGAGUAACGAAGGUGACACAAACACGAGGAUUUGAAUAAGGCCUGAGAGACGUUGAUCUGUGAUGUUGCAGUGAUCUGUGUGCACUGCUGUGUUGCACACUGUCAGCCUCCCUGCUGCCACGUGUUAGACUGAAACAGCAGCAUCGUACCUGAUGGCCGAACACCUAGUGCGUGGCCACUCCCGCAGACACAGAAACAUGUAACUGCAUCUCAAACAUUCACACCUGCAGGGAACUAGCAGGCCAAUCAGAGCUCACAGAGACAAUGUGACUCAGUUGUCGCUGAUAUCUGAUUAUUGAUCACAUAUCUGUGUACUAAUAAACUCAUUUUUAUUCCCAUUUCACCUGGUCAGGUGUUCAGAAGGUUCACGGUUCACGGUUCACCUGCCGGGUUCCAUCAGAAACAACUUUUGUGUGCACUGAAGAGCUGUUCAUGUCCUUUCUGUUGUUGAGGGGACACUUUUUACUGUAGCACUUCAACCGGACAGACAGGUGACCUCAGAUUAUUGUUUUCUCUGAACCGUAGCUACAUCACACACCUGGUCUCACAGUUUUUAAACUGUAUUCAGUGACUGGCUAAU